AUGUCUAGAAUAAAAAUCUCCGAAUCUCCUGCCCCUCACUUUGAUGAAGAUUUGUACGAAGCAUCCCCUGGCCCGAGUUAUCCACGAAGAACCGCCAACAACGAGGCAUUAUCUCCGUCCCCAGCGGCUUCCACCUCGUCCAAUAAGGAGAACAGGUCUUCGCGAAUUCCGAUCGAUAAAGGAAAAGGUCGGGCUUUAAAUGUUUCAAUGGGUCCUCCUAGAGCACCAUCGCCCACUAGUAAGAGAAAGCGUACUGGAACCACCGGCGAAGGAGACACUUCUAUACAGCGUAAUCAAAGACGACGUACAACAGAGGUGGAUGAAGACGAGGACGACGCGCAGGAAUAUGAUCCGGAUCAAAGUGUCGAAGAGAGAAGACAGCUUCGGUUCGAAUUGAGGGGUCUUUCAAGGACUUUGCAAAAUAAUCGUGCCGAGUAUCUUAAUCCGGAAUCGACGGGUAUCAAAGAUACAUUACUCAAGGCAAACAAGCUUUCAGAGAGAGUCAAACAAACCUGCGACGCAACAAUUGAUUCGCGACUACUUGUCAGUACGGCUGAUCUCGCCAAGAAGAAGACACUUCGAAUGACAUCUGGGGACACUGUACAAGGGGUCGACGUGGAUGACUUCGUUUCCAAGAUCAAAUUAUACAUGGCAAAUAAACCUCUCCAGGCUUCCCAGGGUCAUACGCCACGAAAUACCCAGCGCAGCCGGCGAAAUGAGGCUAUAGAUGGUGAAGAUAGCGACAACGACAAUGACGGAGAGAUGCUCAACUGGGAACAUCUUGGACACCAUGCCUGCUUACCAAAUAAUGCUCGCCCCUCAGUGCCAGGUUUCCUCCUCGGUCCUUUGUCUUUACAAAAGCGCGCUCGAAGAGCUAUUGUCCGAAGAGCUCCGCUCAGACCAAGCAACCUUCAGGAGACACGUCCAGAGGUUUUAAGGGCAGAUGAUAUUGAGAAAUCAGAGAAUGCUAAUUUGACCUAUCUUUGCAGCAAAAUCUUGUUCAGAUUAAAGGAAGUUCAGAUAAAAUCUAUUGCGGCUGCGGAGGAAGAGACUACAGAGGAAAUGACGGAAGAAGAAGGCGAUGCGCUGAGAGACCGAUAUGGUCUAUCGGAAAAUGAAUUGAUGGCAUAUUUUAAAUUCGUCAUCAACCCGUUUUCCUUCGGUCAGACGAUUGAAAACAUGUUCUAUGUGAGCUUUUUGGUUCGGGAUGGCCAAGUACAAGUUGAGAUAGACCCCGAUGGUCUUCCAUACAUAGGAGCCAGGAAGGAAGAAGGCAACGGAAGUUCUUCCCACACAGCAAGGCAUCAAGCAGUCCUCUCCCUCGAUAUGAACGAUUGGCAAGAAAUGAUCGAGCUUUUCGAUAUCAAAGAACCCAUGAUAGACCACCGAGAAGAACGAGACAACAGUAAUAUUGGCGCUAAGGGAUGGUAUGCUUAG